AUGCCCCAAGCCUUAGUACCAUCUUCUGCCGCUGCAUUUGCGCCACGCACACCCCCUAGCGUGGUGCGCGACGCCAAUGUCCCUCAGUGGUUGAAAGUGACUCUUAAGCGAAGGGCAACCUGGACAUUGUGCUGGGUGAUGUUAGAAGGACUGCUUGGAAUGAUCCACUUGGAGGCAUAUGUCGUGCAUGUCGACAUGGUCUCGCGAGAGGAAGUGGGUUUCAAAUUAACCAAAGAGCCCAUCAGCACCCUGGAGGGCUGCUUUGAUAUACUUCAACAUCGUAACUUGUAUGCGCAUUGA